UUGCUUCAGUCAAGAGCAUGAUGAGUUUCAGAAUAUGUUUGGUUUACCUGCUCGGGUUCUGUCUAAUAUUUUCUGAGGAUCACAGUGGAUUCUGCUUGGACACUGUUUGGCAGCCGAGCAUCAGUCAUCUGAAGGCUGUCAAUGACAAACAAAGCCUCUUGGUGACCUGGCUGGUAAAACACAGUGGCUUUGUGGGCAACAUUUACGAGAUCCAGAUCAGCCGCACUGAAAACCACACCAUUAUUUACAAUAUAAAUAUUAGUUUAUUUUCCAUGGAUUCAAAUGAAUAUACAUGGGCAUGGACUUCUGAUCUGCCUCUGGAGUGUGUCAGUCACUCAGUCAGGAUUCGACAUUUCAGUAAUCAGUCUGUCCCGAGUCCCUGGAGCAACUGGGUAACCAACAAUGGAGUCCAGCCAAAGGAUAAGACCGAGUUGUUCCCCUACCGACGGGUGCUGAGAGAGGGCACCAGUGCUGUGUUCUGCUGUGUUCCCCCAAGAGGAGUCAAUAUUACCAGCAUUACCCUCAAUGACAACAAAUCUUAUCUUAUCAACAUUGGAGCCAGAGUCAAAGCUCUUAAAGUAGAUAACCUGACUAUUCCAAAGCGUCAAAUCAAAGUUCUUUCACUCAUUUGCACUGAUUCAACAGGCAAGCAGAGUUAUGCCGGGAACUACGUCAGUUUUCCUCCCCAGAAGCCAAGAAACCUCAGCUGUGCAACCUCAGACAUGACAACUGUCACUUGCACCUGGGAUCCAGGCAGAAAACGAGACCAGUUCGAUCGCAACGUGCAAACACGCACUCUCCACAUAGAGAACUCAGACCAGGCUCCCAUCCAAUGUGAGCAGUCGUCUUGUACUUUCUCGGCCAUCCCACAGUUGGAAGAAUACAACAUCAGUGUGCUGGUGAAGGACCAGCUGGGAGAGGAGACAGAAAGCUACAGCUUCAACAUCUCUGACAGAGUGAUUCCUGCUGUGGAGUGGGGCAGAGUGAGCCCUGGGGUGACAGAUACCACCUUGUCCUGGAUCGUACAGGCAAACUUAACUCAGCUGAACCUCCUCUGUCAGGUCACUACAGACCCAGGCAGCACCACUGAGAUGAACUGUAAUAGUGUGAGUGGGCUCUGCAAAGUCAAACUGGAACUGCUUCCCAACACCCGCUACUCAACCAGGGUACGCUGCUCUGUCAAUGGCAGGCUCUGGGGAGAAUGGACACAGCUGAGAUUUUUCACAACCUGUCCAUUGGUGACCUUGGAUGUAUGGAGGAGAAUAAAGCAGCUAUCUGACCCAAACAGUCGCCAAGUUACUCUAUUAUGGUCUCUACAUGUUCCUGACUCUGCAGCCACAGUGAACAUACAAGGUUACAUAGUUCAGUGGUCACAGGAAGCCCAAAACUGGACCGAGUGGAGGGACAGUGGACAAACCCAGGCAGAGGUCUCCAUAGGUCCAGGACAGUAUGAGUUUACUGUCCAGGCUGUUCUCCACAUUGACUCCACCCUCUCCGCUCACAUCACCAUCCCAAAGAGCGAUGGAGAAAACCUCCCAGUAGAGAAGCGGUUGAACAACAGCACACCUGCUGGUUUUAGUCUGUCCUGGGAUCAGCUGGACACUGCCACCUGUGGCUAUACUGUGGAGUGGUGCAUUCUGGGACAUGCAGUGCCUUGCACUCUGCACUGGAUGAAGAUUGCAAAAGGAAACAACACAUUGUUUCUACCUGCUAGAAACUUCAAAGAAGGUUGCAGGUAUACAUUUAAUAUCUAUGGCUGCAUGGAAAAUGGACACAGACUCCUGGAGAUACAGACUGGAUACUCACAGGAGCUCACAUCUCUACAGUCCCCGAAUCUGGUUGAACCUGUUCAGAGUACUUCAUCAUCUGUGACACUGGAGUGGCAUUACAGUGAGGAUGAUCCGGCUCAUCCAGCGUUCAUUACUGGUUACCUGGUUAUGGUGCAGAAAGUAGGAUCUGAUAUGCCCCAAGGUCAUGCUGCAAAUCUGUUCAAUGUGUCGGUGGCAGACCCUCGGAGGAAGUCUGUGACCAUAGAGGGUCUGCAGCAAAACCAAGAGUAUACAUUGUCAGUGAGUGCUCUCACUAAGGAGGGGCCUGGACAACCUGCCAGUAUCACCAUCAGGACCAGAACCAACUACUCUGCUCACGUGGCCAAGAUACUGAUUCCCAUCUUGUUGCUGCUGGGCUGCACCAUUCUCCUGUGGCCUCAAAGAGGAAAGGCGAAGAAUAGGCUGAAGAAAAUAUUUGUUUAUCCUGCUGGUAUGAACAUCCAAAUUCCUGAGUUAGACAGUUUCCUGCAAGAGACCAGUGAGAAGCUGCAGUCUCAGAAUGUGGAGUGCAGCUGCUGUGACAUUGAGAUCCUGAAUACCAGCGUUCCUCUGAAUGAAACAUCCACAGUGAACGAUCCUGAACCCAUAAACACACUGACCUCUUCUGGUUCCCAGUCUUCUCCUUCUGCCUGUCUGUCACUCUCCUGUGUGCCACUCCAAGCAGAGUACUGCCCGCAGUCAGUGACUGCCCUUCAGCAAACAGUCUGCAUAACAAACAAGACUUAUUUUUACACAGUAAAGGACGAUUUGUGCGACUUGAGGCACAAGAAGUCAUGAUCAGUGAAAUCAAUGAACCCUCUGGGAGUCUGCAGGAAUCAUGUAGUGUUACAUAUGACUAUAUGUCAACUGAUGCUUCAUAGUUUAAAGUCGAAGACCAAGCCCAAGACUUCUUAGUCAUAUGCUUCAUGUAUCCCUUUCAAGAGUGUAAACAGUUGCACUGUUCACAUAAUGUGGAUCUGCGACUAUCUUUUUCUUUUUUGGGGAGGGGGCUUUUCUUCCCUUUAAUCAAUAGUGACAGGACAGGGGGGAGAGAGAGGGGAUGACAUGCAACAAAGGGCCACAGGUAGGGGUCCAGCCCAUGGCCGCUGCAGCAAGGACACAGCCUUGAUACAUGGGGCGCCAGCUCUACCAGGUGAGCUACCAGGGCGCCCCUCUGCGGCUUUCUAAUGUAAAUAUGUUGAGGUUUUGUAUUUACCCCACAUUUUAACAUGCUAUGUGCACAUAUGAUUUGAUUGGAAAUAUGUAUCUUGCAGAGUUCAUCAUAACAUAUUGUGUGUAGAGCAGAAAACACACAGCAGAUCUAAGCAAUCUAAAGAGUAUUUUAAACAACUCACAACUCACUGUAAACUGGGAAGCAGCUAGAGAUGUUAUCUACAGGAUGCAACUGGUAGUGUUGAUGAUAUAGUUGUUACUUGCAUGGCAUUAUCAAAUAUAUAUUUAGUAUUUUUGAAAAUCAAAAAUGAAUUUUGAAUGAGGUUGUAGGGGUAUAUAUGUAUGAGUUACAUAAUAUAAAGUUUUUACUGUCAAACAUCAAAACAUGCAUUUGUUAUAACUGAUAAUGUAAUUUUAUAUGCAGUGAAUUUAUCUAGUGUGCUGUUGCACUGUGCAUUCCAGGGUUCACAAUUUACGUUUUAGUCAUUUUAAAGGCAUCUAGGGGAGUGAGUGAGGUGUGCAGCUUCAGUCUAGGAGCACACAGAACCGGUUUAUAGCAGGAAAUUUGUUUCCUAAAUGACUGCGUGUUACCAUAUCUUAUCUGAUAUCCAAAAAUAGCACUGCUGUGUGUCCUCUUGGUUUUACUCUAGGUAGAAAUCUAACUCAGAAUAAAGAAUCACACUGAUUUUAAUGAUUUAGACAAAGUUUUCAUCAACUAUGUCAUCUGUUGGACAAGCAAUAUCACAACAAGCUGUUUUAAGUAUUAAAGAGGUUUUUGCUGGUUAUGUAUUAUGUAAUUUACUGACUAAUGCAAGUUUAAGCCUAUAUAUAAGCAAUGUUUUCUUAAACUGCAAAAAUGUCCCAUGUUUUUACUCUGUAAAUAAAUA